AUGUGCCUUAUCGUACACACUCUUAGAAGUAAAGCUGCCUGGAACAACCUUUUUGGGCUGAACCUUUCCAGUUCAAAAAGGUUGUUUGAGGAACCCCUCUUCGAGGAACCGCUGUGCAGUAAACCUCCCCGGCCAAUAAUCUCUGAGCUGAAGGCUAAUGUUGCUACACAGAGCCUUGUGGUGAGGUGGCAAGUCAACCACACUGGUUUAGCAAGCGAAAGUGGUGAUACUUAUGAAAUACAGAUCGGACGCACAGUCAACCUCAUUAUCGUUCACAACAGUAAGGUGAGUGGCUGUCCUGUGGGUAGUGACUCAGCGCUAACAUGGACCUGGGUGUCUACUCUGCCUUUACAAUGUGCUGACCAUUCAGUCAGAAUACGACGUUUCUGCAGCCACGUAGACCCAAGUGACUGGAGCCAAUGGAAGACCAAUUAUGGAGCCCAAGAGACAGUGGACAGAGUUUGGAAAAAGACCAAGAUGUUUCCCUACCAGCAGGUGUUAAAGGAGGGCUCCACUAUCUUGUUCUGCUGUGUCCCUCCUAGAGGCGUCCACAUCACCAAUAUGACCUUCAACUCCACCACCAGCUACCCCCUGAUCAACAUCACUCACCGAGUCACAGCCAUCGCUGUCCACAACCUAAACAUCACACAAGCGUCUGGCUCCGGGGUGUACUCCUGGUGUGAGGAUACAACAGAGAAGAGGAACAACUACUGCUCCAACUUCAUCAGCUUUUCUCCCCAGAGGCUGGCGAACCUGAGCUGCGGGACUGAGGACCUGAGGACUGUUACCUGCACCUGGAACCCUGGUAGACCUGCUAACCUGUAUGAACCCUACAGACGCACACAUACCCUUCACAUCAAGAAUUCUGGUGAGGAUCCUAUCAAGUGUGGUGAGUGGUCCUGCAGGUUCCAGGCUGUCCCAGGCUUAGAGCAGUACGAUGUCUCAGUGGUUGUCAGAAACCAGCUAGGAGAGGAGACACAAAGCUACAGCUUCAACAUCACUGACAGAGUGUUCCCAGUCCCAGAGGGAGUGAGAGUGAGUCCAGGGGUGACUGAAGCCAACGUGUCCUGGGUUGUGAGGGGGAACGUGUCUGGGGUGGAGCUCUUAUGCCAGGUCACAGCAGACCCAGUAGAGCCUAGGAGACAGACACGCCAGGCUGAAGCAGCAGACCUACAGAGCACAUCCAUGCAUCAGUUGUGCAAUGGUGGCUCGGAUGACCGUUGUGAUGUCAGCCUGGAGCAGCUCUCGCCCAACACCCGUUAUGCCACCAGGGUUCGUUGUGCUGUGAAUGUGAACCUAGAGGGAGAGUGGACACAACCCACGCUCUUCACUACCUACCCCCUGGUGAGGCUGGAUGUGUGGAGGAGGGUCAGAUUGCUGUCCCAUGGCCAGCGCAACGUCACUCUGCUCUGGACCCCGCAAUUCAGUGGCUCGGCGUCUAGUGUAAAAAUCCAGGGCUACAAGGUACGCUGGAGGCAGGAGGGACACCAGUGGCUCCUGUGGAGGGAUAGAGAGCAGACACAGACAUAUAUCUCCAUUGGCCCAGGGCAGUGUGACAUGAUCAUCCAGGCUGUUAUUCAGCCUGGCUCCUCCCCCCUAGCCCACAUCACCAUACCUCCGGUGGAGAGAAUAGAGUCUCCUCGGAGUGUUACGCGUGUGAGUGGCAGUGCCAGCGGAGGGUUCCACCUCAUCUGGGAAGAGCAGGAAGCUGUCACUUGUGGGUACACUGUGGAGUGGUGCACAGUGGGAAGCGGAGUUCCCUGCAUUCUGCAAUGGAGGAGGGUGCCAGUGGGAAACACGUCAGUGUCCCUACCAGCAGGAGAUUUUAAAGCGGGCCAUAGGUACACCUUUGAUAUAUAUGGCUGCACUGACGAAGGAGACAAACUACUGGGGAUCCGCACUGGCUACUCCCAAGAACUCAAGCCUGUCCAGUAUCCCAGGCUGGUUGAGCCUGUUAGAAGAACAUCCUCUUCUGUGACACUGGAGUGGCGUUACCAUGAGGACGACCACUCUCACCCAGGGUUCAUCACUGGUUACUUGGUAACCGUGUACGAGGCCUGGUCCCAGAGGUCACCAGGUCAUGUGCCAAGUCCUUUUACCAAGAUGGUGGCGGACCCCCACAAUAAGUCUGUAACCAUAGCAGGACUGCAGGAGCACCAGAAGUACACCUUCCAUCUGUGUGCACUCACUAAUGCUGGACCAGGCCCGCAAACUACCAUAACUGUCAGGACCCAGACAAUCCCCUCUAUUCUCCUGGCUAAGAUCUUAACUCCUCUCCUGCUGCUGUUGGGGCUCGCCAUCCUCCUGUGUCUAUUCUGGAAAAUGCUGAGAAGUUGUAUAGUGGAGGUGUUUGGGUACCCGGCUGGGAUGAACAUCAAACCCAUUGAACUGGACCACCACCUAUAUGAGACCAGUGAGAGGCUGCGGUGUCUCAAGGUGGGGGACUGUGUCUGCAGUGACAUCGAGAUCCUGAGUGUCAGGCCAACCAUGUCAGAGAGGACGCCUCUCAUUCACCCCAAACUCCCCCACCUUUCUUUGUCUUCUUCCUCUUUCACCACCAUUCCCUCCUCUUCAUCCUGCCCUGUGCACCCUUCCUCCUCUUCAUUCAUGUCUUCCUCCUUGACCACCCUCUCACCUUCCUGCCCAUCCCCUUCUACUCAACACCUGCACCAAAAAGGGUACUGUCCACAGUCACCCACAGAAGUCUGGGAUAGCUCAGUAUGGACAAGCCUCACAAAUAUAAGUUAUGUUCCCUCUAUGGGAGCGGCGCAGUCCAUUGAGAUGAAACCAAUCAGAGUCACAGACAGCAGUGACAUCUCCAGCUCACCAAUCAAGCUCUCCAAUCUCAUCACCAGUGAGCCUUCUGAGGGGCCGCAGUUACAAUCAGGGGCAUUAUUGGAGAAUAUUGAUGGAUACAUCACCACUGACUCCUUAGUUAAGUCAAUGACUGUAUAUAUGAAUGGACAAAGCCAUUGAUCACGUUACACCAUUCAUUCCUAUUUGAAGACUUAAUAGCGCACUGAAGCCAAAUUAAGUCGGUCAUGGAGACAUAACAUGCUUAGUUUGAACUACUCCAGGAAGUGACGUUGCAGGCUAGCUCAGUGCUGCACCCUCUCAUUGAGUAACUUAAGUUGAAGGCCUGUUGGCUGCCGUUAGCAACUAAAUGAUCCUUAUAAAUCAAAUCAAAUUGUAUUUGUCACAUGCUUACUUACGAACCCUUUACCAACAAUUCAGAGAUAAAAAGUAAGAAAGAAAAUGCAAAGAAAAAAGAAAAAAAAGGAAAUAGUAACACAAUAAAAUAACAAUA